AUGGGUCUCCUUGCUCUGGGUACCGCUCUUGAUUGGCCCGAUGCACAACAGCAUGCCAGUAAAGUCAGAGAAUGGGGCAUCAAGCAAUUACUUGAGAUUUGGAACAAGGCGAAGCACAAGGAGCGGGAUGCUAUGUUGUGGGGCGAUGAGAUCGAAUACCUCGUGGUCACGUACUCUAAGGAUGAUCCCAAAGUCCUCCUGUCACUUCGACAAGCAGACAUCCUGACGGCGCUGGCUGCUGAUGAGGAGCUCGCUCAAAAGGGAGGAGGUGUUCCGGCGCUUCAAGACCUUGAUGCUUCUCAAUCAAACCCAUUGCCAGUGUUCCACCCUGAGUUUGGUAGGUUCAUGCUCGAGGCAACACCUGGUAAGCCAUGGGGUAUUGGGUUCAAGGAACUGCUCGAGGUUGAGCCAGACAUGAAGCUCAGGAGAAAAAUUGCAAAGGAACACAUGAAGACCAACGAGUAUCCCAUUACGCUGACGACCUUCCCUCGCCUUGGGGUUCCUGGCGUUUUUACUGACCCCUAUUAUCCACCUUCGGGGUCGAAGCUGCGAUCCCAGUUUGUCCCGGACGAGAUUGCCAAUCCUCAUAUUCGAUUCCCAACCCUUGCUGCCAACAUCCGCUGGAGAAGAGGCAGGAAGGUACAGGUGAACGUGCCUGUCUUCCACGACAAGAACACAGCGAGCCCAUGGAAGGAUCCCACAGUCAACUAUGAUAUGCAUAAGUGGCCUGAGGAUGCCGACGCACGAAACGGCGCUGCGCCGGACAACUUCAUCCACAUGGAUGCCAUGGCCUUCGGCAUGGGAAGCUGCUGUCUACAGAUAACCUUCCAGGCCAAGAAUAUCACCGAGGGCAGGAAGAUGUACGAUCAGCUCAGCCCGAUCGGGCCUAUUAUGCUGGCUCUUACAGCGGCGACGCCGAUAUACAAGGGCUUCCUUGCAGACACUGAUGUUCGCUGGAAUCAGAUCAGCACGGCUGUCGAUGACCGAACUGAAGAAGAACUUGGAGAAAAGCCCUUGAAGAACAACAGAUGGCGGAUACCAAAGUCGCGCUACGCGUCCAACUCAACCUACAUCUCGACAGAUAACAGGUUACGGCCUGAGUAUAUGGACCUGAACCUGAUCAUUGACGAGUCGAUCAAGGGGCAGCUGAUGGAGGGAGGCAUGGACGAGCGGCUUGCCACACACUUUGCUCACCUUUUCAUCCGCGACCCCAUCGUCAUCUUUGCCGAGGAUCUCGAGGAGCUAGACAUGUCCAAGACGGACCAUUUCGAGAACAUCCAGUCGACCAACUGGCAGCACAUGCGCUUCAAGCCUCCGCCGGCAGGCAGCGACAUCGGCUGGCGCGUUGAGUUCCGGCCCAUGGAGAUUCAGAUGACCGACUUUGAGAACGCGGCCUUCGCCGUCUUCAUGGUGCUUAUCACACGCGCCAUCCUCUCCUUCGACCUUAAUUUCUACAUCCCCAUCGCCAAGGUAGACGAGAACAUGGAGACGGCCCACACCCGCGACGCCGUCCUCGAGCAGAAGUUCUAUUUCCGCAAGAAUCCCUUCCCGACGCGCCCUCCUCGAUCCGCCGUCGCCUCGGGCACCAGUACUCCGCUCAUGAGCCGCCCCGCUUCGCCUUCGGGUCCCGUCGAGGACGAGUACGCCCUCAUGACCAUCAACGAGGUCAUCAACGGGUCCCAGACCGAGGACCAUGAUUUCCCUGGCCUGAUCCCCAUCGUCGAGAGCUACCUCGACAGCGUCAACGUCGACGUGCAAACGCGCUGCGAGCUCGCUACUUACCUCGACUUGAUCCGUCGGCGCGCCAGCGGCGAGCUCUGGACCGCGGCCAAGUGGAUCCGUCAGUUUGUCGCCAAGCACCCGGCGUACAAAGCCGAUAGUGUUGUGGAUGAUGAAAUCAAUAAAAGUCUCGUGGGUGCGGUUAUUGAUAUCAGUGAGAAGGAGCAGGUGGGGAAGGGAUGGAAAGGAUUGGACGGCGUGCCGGAUUUGGAGAGGUUAUUAGGGCAGUUCAGGGGUGGUUGUGGUGGAGGUGGAGGAAAGGAGGCGGGUGAGUAG